GCUCCGCGACAGCUGCUAUGGAGGCCCGCAGAACUGCUGUACUCCGCGUGAAACGGAAGCGCAGCGCGGAGCCAGCCGAGGCUCUAGUCCUCGCCUGUAAACGCCCUAGAAGCGACACAGUCGAGCCAGAGGCCCAACAGACGUCCCCCGAGGGCCUGGAGAGAGCAGCAGAGAAUAAUGUCUUCCAGUUGGUGGCCACCGUGCGCUCCCAGGAGGACCCUGUCCAGCCGCUUUUGCGGGCGGCUCUGCGCCCGUCCCAGGGCAGCCAGCAGCGUAUCCGCCGCGACCUCCGCUCCUCGCUUCGGGAGAUCAGGCAAGAGGGCCGCUACAGGGUGGUCUCUAGCUGCCGAUCCUUGAACAUUCCCUCGGAUGGCCUGGAGUCCGAGGACUUGCGGGGAAACCCAGAAGCCGACGACGGCCCAGGCUUCCAGCUCUUGGAACUGAUCCACGAAGAAGGAGACCCAGAGACCGCAGCCGCCGUCUCCUGCAAAGCAUCUGACCCAGAUGUGAUCCUCUGCAAUUCUGUAGAGUUGAUCCGGGAACGGCUGACUGUGUCUGAGGAUGGACCAGGCGUCGGGCAGCAGAAGGAACAGAAGGAUGACUAUGUGUAUGACAUUUACUACCUGGAGAUGGCCACUCCAGGAUGGAUUGAGAAUAUCCUCUCCGUGCAGCCCUACAGCCAGGAGUGGGAGCUGGUGAAUGAUGACCAAGAACCGGAGGACAUUUAUGAAGAUGAAGAUGAUGAGAACAGUGAGAAUAAUUGGCGCAAUGAGUACCCAGAGGAGGAGAGCAGUGACGGAGAUGAAGGUUCCAGAGGCUCUGAUGAAUACAACAGCUUCAGUGAAGAGGAAGGAGGCGACAGCAGACCACCCAUGUGGAACAAAUACCCUUUGGAUGUGCAGAAGGAGUUCGGCUAUGACAGCCCCCAUGGCCUGGAUUCAGACUGAGGGUCCUGUGACGUUCAUGAGGUUCUGCACAGGCCCCGAGGGCUGUAGUCUUGCAGCAUCAGCUGCUCUGGUAAUGGGUUUCCUGGUGCAGCGCGUGGAAGGAAAAAAAGCAUGUCCAGCAGCAUCAUAUCCUACCAGUGAAAAUGAGUCCUGAAGGAGAGUGUCUUUCCACUCAUAGUAGGGCCCCUUUGCUUCAAUCAUAACUGACCCUACAAUUGGGGGCAAAAAAACAGCCACAAAAAUGAAGCUCCCUGGCCCAGGCAUUUUCCACUCUUCUCCCACACUAAAGCCAAUAAGUGGAGGAGAAGCUCCUGUUUCGUCAGAACCAAGGUUCAGCUUUCCACGCCACCAGGCCACCCGCCUCUGGUAAAACCUGUCCGUUUUGAGAGAGUGAACCUAGAAGGACUACAGUGGGUCCCGUGUGGCAGCACAGUAAUGGCCAUUAGGAAAGGGAGUGGGACCUGUCUGAGGCGGGAGGGGUUUUAGUUGCAGUUGUCUCCAUGUCCUGCUUCCUGCAGUGUGACUGGGAGGACGGCUGUCCUCAGCGGCAGUGCCGGGGGACAGGGUGUGUGUGAAUGUGAUUCUAUCUAGUAAAAACACUUCAAAUAUA